AUGACAGUAUAUUGCUUUGUAUUGCGUAUUGUGUUGGACUCUGGUGAUGGUGUGAGUCACACCGUCCCUAUCUAUGAAGGUUAUGCUUUGCCCCAUGCCAUUCUUCGUUUGGAUCUUGCUGGUCGUGACCUUACUGAUAGCCUGAUGAAGAUCCUCACUGAGAGAGGAUACAUGUUCACCACCACCGCUGAACGGGAAAUUGUCCGUGAUAUGAAAGAAAAGCUUGCCUAUGUGGCUCUUGACUAUGAGCAGGAACUUGAAACUGCCAGGAGCAGUUCCUCCAUUGAAAAGAACUAUGAAUUGCCAGAUGGACAGGUUAUUACUAUUGGUGCUGAAAGGUUCCGUUGCCCGGAAGUUCUCUUCCAACCAUCGAUGAUCGGGAUGGAAGCUGCAGGUAUCCAUGAGACUACCUACAACUCCAUCAUGAAAUGUGAUGUGGAUAUUAGGAAGGACCUCUAUGGUAACAUUGUUCUCAGUGGUGGCUCCACCAUGUUCCCUGGUAUUGCUGAUCGGAUGAGCAAGGAAAUCACUGCUUUAGCUCCAAGCAGCAUGAAGAUUAAGGUUGUUGCGCCACCAGAGAGAAAGUACAGUGUCUGGAUUGGAGGAUCCAUUCUUGCAUCCCUCAGCACAUUCCAGCAGCCCCGGUGA